AUGAAUGAACUUUGAUCACCCAUCCAUCCCCAAAUUAUCAAAAAUAGUUCCAUCUUGUGAGCUUGGAAAAUCAGUCGAGUUGCAUUUUCCCAAGUGAAAAAAAGAAAAACAAAAAAUGAGGUCCAAGGCUGUUGCGUUUGUUUGUCUGUUAUUUAUCUCUACUGUUGUUAUUGCAUCGGCAGUGUCUGAAGGAACUCAAGAGCAGAAUGAGGUUGAAGUUGAAAGUGGAAAUUCAAUAGAAGACUCCAAGCAACGCUGCCGCCAUGGAUGUUGCGUCGUUAAUCGCCACACUCUUCGUUGUGUCAGAUGUUGUUCUCGUCCUCGUUCUGUAGAAGUGCAAGCCACCCUCCAAAAUCAAAAUGUCGAAAAUGAAAAUCCAGUAGAAGAAUCAAAGCAACGUUGUCGAUACGGAUGUUGCCGUUUUGAUGGUCGUCGUUGCGUUAGAUGCUGUCGUGGUCCUGCAGAAGAAGAGGCCACCAUCCAAAACCAAAAUGAGAACACAGUAGAAGAGAGUGAAGUGGAGACGAACGGAUUCGGAAAGGGAGGAGGCAAAGGCGGGAAAGGAGUCGGCGGAAAGGGAGGAGGCAAAGGCGGAAAAGGAGGGAAGUGAUCAAUGCAAUGAAGCUGUUUUAUGUCUUUAAUUAUAAUAAAUAUAAUCAUAUAGUUGUAGUUGUAGGGUACCCAAAAUAAUGUUAGGGGGUACCAUGCCCCAUAAAAUAAGGCAAAAAUAAAUAGAAGCAAAGGGAUAGGUGGGGUAGAAUAGAAGGGUUGGAUCCCUUCACCAAUAUGGCACCUCUACCUUUUAACCCUCUACUUUAUGUUUAUCUUUCAACUAAAAUAAGCAUAUAAUAAUGCAUGGUUGUUUGGUUCCAAUAUAUGCUCAUCAACUUGUCAA